AAUAACUAAUGAAUGAAAAAGAAAAAGUACUGUUACUACAACUUCAGAAUGACAGAGUAAUUAAUGAGGCAUGGUGACUGCAGCUGUAUUGCAGUGGGUGGUUGGAGCUGGUGCUUGUUGUGCCCUGUCCCUUGGGCCAGUGGAAGCUGGAAGUGACUUUCUCCCACAGCCUGUUGGUUGGUCCUUUGUGAUUGUUCUCGCAUCAUUAACUAAGGUAAAGUGAUGAAAACUGAAGGAGACAACAGAGUUUUCUGGGUACUUAAAAUACCUCUUGGUGAAACCUGUUUUCAUGGAGGUUUUUCAUCUCUCUUAGUAUGGGGCAGCCACCUACCCCCAGACACCAGCUGUGCCAUGCUGCUGGCUGCUUUGGGUCUCUCUGCACCAAACAUGAGGCUGUGUUCAGCAUGGCAUCACCACUUGCAGUUGUAGCCUUUACUCAGCUAUGGGGAAGGGAAGCCAGCAGAGCCUCAGGCCAGCAGUCUCCAGAACGAGUACCAAAGAAAUGUCAGAAGGCUCGUGAACACUUUGGCACAGUGAGAACACAGAUGGAAUCUCUGAAGACCAAGUUUCCCGCUGACCAAUAUUACAGGUUUCACGAGCACUGGCGGUUUGUGCUCCAGCGCUUGGUGUUUCUGGCAGCCUUUGUUGUCUACUUGGAGUCUGAAACAUUAGUGACCCGAGAAGCUGUUGCAGAAAUACUUGGGAUUGAAGCUGACCGAGAGCGGGGUUUUCACCUGGACAUUGAAGACUACCUUUCUGGUGUACUAACCCUUGCCAGCGAGCUGGCCAGGCUGGCGGUCAACAGCGUGACGGCCGGCGACUACUCGCGCCCGCUGCGCAUCGCGGCCUUCAUCAGCGAGCUGGACUCCGGCUUCCGCCUCCUCAACCUGAAGAACGACUCCCUGAGGAAACGCUACGACGGCCUCAAGUACGAUGUCAAGAAAAUCGAGGAGGUGGUGUACGACUUGUCCAUCCGAGGACUCACGAAGGAGGCGCCGGUUGGUGUGGGCGGAGAGAAAUGAAGGGAGCUCGUUGUGCCGGCGUCACAUACCUCAGAUGGUUGCCAAUUCUGGAAGCGUGCUAGCAAAGCCUUCCUACAGUAGUUUAGAAGAACUGCGGCUCAGAGCUGCUCUCUAUUUUCUUACAAAAGGCGUAGUCCGGGUGUUAGGUCUCCAAACGUUUUGCCGAGGCGUGUCCGGGCUGGGGCAGGAGGGUGGCUGUGCCGGCCGCAGCUGCGCUGGGUGCGGGCGGGCGCUGCCGGGCCCGGGCUCCGUGCUCCACUCGCUCCAGCCGCAGCUCUGCGCACGCUCGGCAGCGCCGGUGGCAGCGCGGCCGCCGCUCAGCUGGCAGCAAACAGCCUGGGAGGACACGGUCGGGGUUUUAAAACGCUCAUUUCUUUUUUCGCCGUCGGUGACUGGAGGAGAUCUGCAUAACUUUGUUAACCAGAUCUUUUACAAUGGCUUCUGUUAAUGUGUUCCCUUAACUGAGAAAUUAGUCAAAAUCUUCCUGAGACUGUCUCCUUUGGAGCUGGUGCGUUGCACCCGGGCACCUCUCUCUUUUCCUCUCUCCCUCCCUCUCUCUCGUUUUUAUCUUUCUCCAUUUUGUUGCCAAGGAGAGCAUGGCUUUCUCAGACAGCUGCUCCCACUGGCUGGCAUUUGUCUUACUGACAUGAGUAAAUGUUGAGUUUCAAUAUGAUCAUUUGCCUUCAGAACUCGCUGUGACCAAUGUUUUUGUUUUGUUAGUUACCAACGUUUCUGAAUGGGGAGAUGUGAGCUGAUAUACUGCAGGUAACCUCUGAGCUUCGACAACCUGUACCUGUGUCCUGGGAUUAAAAAACAACACCACACAAAAACUACAGUUUGUGUAGUGAAAUGUUCAUAUCUUCAGAAAAGGCGAAGUUGCUAGUUUCAGAUCUUACAGUUGCAUGUAAGAUGUUUGCAAACACCAACAGCUUCUUUGCUUUGUGCAAACAGACAGACUCCUGCCUCCCAGUCUGUUCGUUCCCUUGUCCUAAAUGAAUUGGAGUUCUGCCAUUGUUCUGCUUCUGGUGGUGCAGGAAGGUUCAGGAGAGAAAUGAACUUCUUUAGGAGGAGGAAUAUUUCCAGAGGAUGAGCUUGAACAGUCCAGUUGAUGUGAGGUUUGUUAGUUUAAUUUUGUGAGCAAAGAGUUACCGCUGUUUCAGUUAGGGUUUGGUUUUUAUUGGAAGAAAAUGGUUAUUUUGGCCAAUAAAAGUUGUUCUUUGAUUUUGGCCAUUUGGUAA